UGAAUUUUCAUUGCGUCACUUCCUUGUAAAAUAAAACAAACGUAUAUGCGGUUUUGUGCUAUGGUUUAAUUUUUUUUUGUAAACAACUGCCUAUAUUUCGGUUUAGUAAAUCUCAUAUUUAAGGAAUAAUAGGUGUUCACUAUCAGGUUGUGGACAUGGAGCCGCCCAGUAAACCUGGCUCCAACCAGGUGGCCGAUGUGGUUUUUGUCAUCGAAGGGACGGCAAACCUGGGACCGUACUUUGAAUCACUGAGAAAAAACUACAUCCUUCCAGCUAUUGAAUAUUUUAAUGGAGGGCCCCCAGCAGAAACAGAUUUUGGUGGAGACUAUGGUGGAACACAGUAUGGUCUGGUGGUGUUCAACACAGUGGACUGUGCUCCUGAAUCCUACGUUCAGUGUCACGCACCAACCAGCUCUGCCUACGAGUUUGUUUCAUGGAUCGACAGCAUCCAGUUCAUGGGUGGUGGAGCAGAAAGCUGCAGCCUGAUUGCAGAAGGCCUUUCUGUGGCCUUGCAGCUCUUUGACGACUUUAAAAAAAUGAGGGAGCAAAUAGGUCAAACACAUAAGGUCUGCGUGCUUCUGUGUAAUUCUCCUCCGUAUCUGCUUCCUGCUGUGGAGAGCGUCAGCUACACCGGAUGCACAGCGGAAAGCCUGGCCAAAAUCAUCAGAGAUAGAGGAAUCCACUUUUCUGUGGUGGCGCCUCGAAAGCUCCCCGCUCUGAGGUCUUUGUUUGAAAGAGCGUCACCGCUGAACGGGGCGGUCGAGCCCCUCCCUGACUACAGCCAGGACCCCUUUCACAUGGUGCUCAUCAGAGGCAUCUCACUUCCUGUUUCCUCGGGUGGAGGACCCGGGCCGCUCAAACCUGUCCUCCCCCCUCUGCCUGGCACCUACCCUGUUGGUGCUUCGCAGGCCCCUCCACCCACAAACCCCAACCACAAUGCACAGAAUUUUCCCAACGCUCAGGUGGCUCCACCGAUGACCGUGGAGCAAUCCUACAAUAAACGCACACACGUUUCUCAACCAAAGAUGAAUCCACCCAACAUAUCAGCAGGUCCCACACAAGCCGUGCCACCGAUGCCCCAUCAGGUUCCCCCCAAUCAGCUGGUGCCGCCCCCGGGACAGCCGACACUCAGCCAGCAGCCUCAGGCGCCGCUUCAGCAACAGCAAUCGGCCAACCAGCCCACGGCGCCAUCAGGGCAGCCCAACAUGGCUGCCGGUCAAGGAAAUGCAAAUUCCAUUGUACAGCCCUCCAGUGUGGCAAACAAAGUCGUGGCGUGGACCGGCGUCCUGGAGUGGCAAGAGAAACCCAAAGCCUCGUCUAUGGAUUCAGCCACCAAACUGACCCGCUCCCUGCCCUGUCAGGUCCACGUUAACCAAGGAGAAAAUCUCAACACAGAACAGUGGCCACAGAAGCUCAUCAUGCAGCUGAUCCCACAGCAGUUACUCACCACCUUAGGUCCCCUGUUCAGAAACUCCCGAAUGGUUCAGUUCCUCUUCACAAACAAAGACCUGGACUCGCUGAGAGGCCUCUAUCGCAUUAUGGCAAACGGUUUUGCGGGCUGCGUCCACUUCCCCCACACCACCUCCCCCUGUGAAGUCCGCGUGCUGAUGCUGCUCUACUCCUCCAAGAAGAAAAUUUUCAUGGGCCUCAUCCCCAACGACCAGAGCGGCUUCGUCAACGGCAUCCGGCAGGUCAUCACCAACCACAAGCAGGUCCAGCAGCACAGAGCGCAACAAAUGGGUGCAUCUGGGGGCCCAAUGCAGCCUGGUCAAGUUCCCCCCAACCAGAACUUUCUUAACAGGGCCCCUGGUCCUAUUCCCGUUUCCCACGGUAACGUCCAGCCUCAGUCUGUGGUGGUGGGCAUGCCUCCUGUUAGUCAGGUCUCCAUUAUGGAGGAGCAGCAGAGACAAAACAACAUGAUGACAAUAAGAACAGCUGGACCAACCAAUCAGCAGUCAGCGGUUAGUGGAGCUCCGCCCAAUCAGAUGGUGCAGAAUACCCAGGCGCAGCCUCAGGGUCCCAUUCUUCGCCUCUCAACCCCAGGAGCCAACCCUCAGCUUCGCAGUCUCCUCCUGAGCCAGCAGCAGCCACAGCAGGGAGGGGUUCCUCACAUGCAGGGCAUGAUGUCUCACCAAGGCCUAGGACAACAGUUGGUCCACCAAGCACCAGGAGGGGGGGCUCAAAUGCAAGGCCAGUGGAGGCAACCCAUGCCAGGUCAGAUGCUGAUGGCCGGCGGGCAGAGAGGACCCGUGCCCCAGACUGGGAUGCAGCAAGUCUCCAGCGCCAUGGAGGACGACCUUCUCAUGGAUCUGAUCUGAAGGACUUCAGUUUUAGUUCCGGCCGCCUGCUUCAGACAUCUGCUCUGUUUCUUUCUUGGUUUAAAUGUUCGUCGUAAUCAAGAAAUGAAUCAUGAGUAGUUUCUCCUUUUUAUCCAGAGGCCUAAGCAGUGUCAGUUAAUUAAGGUCAGACAAUGUGAGCAUUAGAUUUUCAUGUAAAUGGUCAAACCGUGAGCACGCUAAUCCUUCAUGCUAAAACACUGGAUUCUUACAGUGGAAGCACUUCAUCGCCGGAAACUCCUCCUCUUUAUGUUUUAUACUUUGAUACCUAAACUGUUCUUUCUUAUUUGACUACAGCUGAAAAUUUACAAAUGUAUAUUUUUUGUUAUCUAUUAACUUGUUUUGAGAAUAAAAUCUAGGAGCCAG